AUGGCUGGAGGGACACUCCACAUGCAGAACAGCGGCAUUCUCGUUCUUCACCGACGUGAAGAGAACGCUGUGGAACCGGGGUGGACGCCUGACGAAUUGAAUCACAUAGCCGAGUCGGAUGGUCCUGGUCAACCAGCACGACAUGUUGGGAGACCGGACUCAUCUGGUUUUGAGCAUGUGUUUGUAGGCGAGACCAGAGGAGGUCAUACUGUCAUUGGUUUUCAUAACUGGAUUCAGUUGUACUUACAAGAGAAACUUGGACACAUUCACUACAAAGGAUAUAGUGUGAAUGCCAACUCACCUCAGCCGGAUGAGAAUAAGCACAUGUUAGCCCUCCAGUUCAGCUGGAAGAAUGGUAUUAAACCUAAAGGAAGCAUCUUCAUUGGUGUGAGCCCUGAGUUUGAGUUUGCCCUGUACACUCUGUGUUUCCUCACAUCCCCAAACGAGUGCGUGAAAGUCUCCUUUAAUGUCUAUGAGGUGGAGAUAGUCUGUCAUCACUACAACCAGAAGCACAUAGGCACCACCUAUCCUGUCCUUACGAAGUACCUUAAUGUAUAA